AUGUUCAGCGGCGGACUCCACAAGGGUGAUAUGAUAAUGAAAGCGCUAGGUGGUGAAGGGUGGUACGCGCUCCAAGAAUACAGCGAACUGCUUGCUCAAAGACAUAUAAUGUUGGACUACCGGAUGCAAGGUCCGAAAUUUCAAGUGAAAUUCAUUCGUACCACCAACGGCAACCGCCUGGCGCUGUUCAGGAGCUACACCUACUGCAAGCACUACGUGGUGAGGGACGGCGCACGCUGGAAGUGCUCUAGGCAGUUCUCGAAGAGCUGCAACGCGUACCUGCUCAUAAACGACCAGGGCGCGAUCCUCAAGGCGAACGAGUUGCACACCCACGAACCGUUCAAGUACCACUGCAACUUGGACGGCACCUACGUCAGAAUC